AGAAUCCCACUGGUGACGGAGAAGACUCGAAAUCUUCUAUGCAGAGAUCCAUGCAAACUCGCAAACACCUGGUGAUGGGCUUCCGACCAAAUGCCGCCAACCGUGCGGUGGUCUCGUUAAUUUUGCCGUCCUAGAUUUCGCCUUCAUCGUUUCCCGUCUUGGAAAAAUUCGAGAUCGAUCGCUUUCAAUUCGGCUUCGAAUCGGUGAUCGAGGGUUUGAGGCUGGAAUCGGCUACCGGAUUCGGGGAUUAAGGUGGAAAUUUGAUCCGGGAUUCACCGCUGGAAACGAUUUGAAGAGAUUUAGGGUACUUCUGAAGGUCCCUUUGGAGGAGGAAGAGGAGAUGAAGGUCGCGGUGGGCAGCCCUGGGACUUGGAGCGGGCUCCUUCUGCGGGUCGGGCAGUGCGCGUUUGCCGGGGCUUCCAUCGGGGUGAUGCUCUCCGCUUUUGGAUUCUCCAGCUACACCGCUUUCUGCUAUUUGGUUGCUUCUAUGGCACUACAAAUUUUGUGGAGCUUUGGGCUCCUAUGUCUUGAUUUACAUGCUCUGAAGUUCAAAAGAGAUUUGCAUAAUCCUUUGCUAGUAAGCUUGUUUGUAGUUGGUGACUGGGUAACAGCGACACUCACACUUGCAGCCGCGUGCUCUUCAGCUGGUGUGGUUGUUCUGUUCGUGAGGGAUGUGCAUUUCUGCAAAAAGUAUCCUCAACUCUCAUGUGGCAUGUACCAAAUCUCCAUUGCAAUGGCUUUCAUCACAUGGUUGUUGGUUGCCACAUCUUCCCUGGUAAUGUUUUGGAUCCUGGCAUCUGGUUGACAUAAACUGUUUACGCUUUCCUUGGUGACUGAAGUUUCUGUAAAACAAAUGGCACUCGGUACAAUGUUUGUUCUCAUUUUUGUUUCCCAGGGGAGAUGGUGUUAAAUCUGUAAUGCAUUUCUCAAAUUAUAAUGAUUUGAUGAGCUCUA